AUAAACCAGGUAAUGCUACCGAUUGUACUUUAUUAUUAUAAUGGUAGUUUGUCUAGUCAUACCUAGACAAUGAAUUGAAUAGAGUUAUAGUAGAGUUUAACAUUCCAUAAUAACAAGUCAUUGUAAAAACAUGUAAUGGGAUUUUUUUGUGUCAGUUCUUUAACUAGUGCAAUAAAUUACGCAUUUAAAUCAUUAGAUAAAGCUUUAAAAUAGUAAUUAGACUAUAUUUUGAAACAUUGACUAAAAACUCUGUCAUUAGAAAGGAAAAAUUUACUGAAGGAGCAUCAUGGACGAAAAAGUUUUCACUUUACUAGAAAAACUUAAUAAAAAUAUUGAGGAAUUUAAGGAUCAUUUCUCCCAACAAAAUGACAGAAUAAAAGAAUUGGAGAAAUGUGUAAAGAAUAACAGUGCUGAAAAUAACAGAGGUAGAAGUCACGAAGCUGAACUGGUUCAAAAUAGACAAUCUAAAAAUGAAAACUUCAUAAAUCAAAUGAGAGCAGACAUUGAAAAUGUCGACUACAAUGAAAAUGAUUUAAAAGGGGCCAAGAAGAAAGUUAAGAAAGCCGCCUCUUUUCAAGAGAGACGUACACAGCGGUCAUUAAAAGAGAGACGAAGUAUUCACACUGUUCCAUCAGAUAAAGAUGAAGAAAGGAGGUUGAAAAGCUUUAGAAGAGAAUGUUUGUCUGGAGCUAUAAAGUGGAACAUCGUGGAUCUUGUAAAAGCUUUACCAGACCAGCAGACCAUCCAUAUGCCAAAAUGGCUUAGCCGAGCAGAAAUAAGAUCAAUAGAGCAAGGGACUGACCAGAAGAAUUGUUUCAGACGUUUUCUAUAUGUAUUGAUUGAUAAAGACUUUGACACAAUGCAGGAAUGGCUUAACAGUUGUAGUCUUGAUGAGAAGGUCAUACUGCAGGUAUCGAGAACUUACGAAGAGUUUAGUGACGUUGAGACAAACAGAUUUAGAAUGAAAUGCUUCCAUUGUAAGCUAGUUGAGACUGUAAAUGUACAAGAUGUUUGUGAUUAUCUAUUUAGUGCUGAAAUUAUUUCCCGUCAGUUAUAUUUGCGAAUAAUUAGCUCAGCAUUGAUUGUUGGUGCUCAGGAAGGACUUUGGAAAGACAUUCUAGAAGAAUGUAGGAAGCACAUCUACCCAAAGGCAUUAGUCUCAGCCUUUAAAAUUGCUUUUACAGAUAAAACAAGUAUGCAAACCGGGAGUGAAAAGGAUUCACAUGAAUCAUUACUAAACGUCAUUGAUGAUGUGGAUGCUAGUGAUAUAUUAGACUGUCAUUGUAAGGAGAGAUGCUCAAAGUCAUUCCAUCCUUUCACAUGUUUGAAAUCUAUGUCAUUAGCUGGGGUUUACUUUUCUCCUCCAAUUAGCCGUAAAAAAGCUUCUUCGUCUGAAAGUGGAAGUCCUCAGUCAAAUUUGUCAUCCUAUGACGAUGACAUUAAAGUAGACAGCGAAAACCCACCACAUGAUUUGUCAAGUGAUAGUGAUGAAACAGUCCUGAAGAAACCAGAUAUUCCACCUAGAGUGCCUAUAGCAAAUCCGAGACAAGACAAGACAUUGAGAAAAGUUCCAAACAGAUCACAAAAGAUGUUACAAAGAACAUCUAAGCAGAAGGACAUGGUCCAUUGUGACGAAACCAGCUCAGAUAGUUUUGAUGGGGACUGUAAACCACCAGCUAUUCCAGCAAGACAGAGUAAUAAAAGAGUGACCAAUAUGUCGAGUAACAGGCAAGAGAACAAUCCAAAUGUGAUUAGAGCUGUAAAUGUGUAUUUUAAUACUGGACCAAAGUACAAUAUCAUUAAAAGAGGAAUCAGUGAAAGCUCAAGCGAGCAAUGAUUUAUAAUCUCUAAAAGUAACAAAACACUUUUUGUCAAUUUAGAGACAAAAUGUGAUAAAAAUACACAUAAAAUACACAUGGGAUAUAGUGUGAUGAUUUGAAUUGUAUCAUAGUUUGGGGACUUUUCUGUUGAAAAUGUGUCAGAGUUAAAUCGUAUAUAUAUAUACAUGUACAGUGUGUUAACUGGAGUGAAGGUAUCAGUUACCCGCACUCCAGAGCGUGACCAUUGAUUGGUUCAUUUUUGCUGGGGUUUACAUAUUGUGACAGAAGAGAAAGGAAAAGCGACAGAAAUAUCAUAUUCAAAUGCUCGUUCAUUGGUAACUUUUUCCCAUGGUUUCAUAUUGUGACAGCAGGGAACGUGUUUUUAUGUUUGACUAUGAUACAAAAGAGAAAGAACACCAAAACACUCGGCAAUCUGAUUUAUACUCGGGGGCUACGCUCCCUCGUACAAAUCAGAUAGCCUCGUGUUUCGGUGCUCUUUCUAUUACUUGUAAUAACUUCAUUGAAUGAAAGAGAAAUAAAAUAAAAAACUGCUUUCAGUAUAAAAGCACUAAAAUUGUCAUGAUGCAGGAACAUAAGUCAUAAAUGAUACCAUUCUUUGUCAAAAUGAAGUUUAUUUCAAGAUGUCGGCAAAAUAUAAGAAACAAUUUUAUUUUAUGGUAUAUCUUUCUUACUUUUUCUUUUUCACUUAGCCUACUUGAUAAAUGAUAGCCUCAGUAGUAAGUGGUAGAGUUGUGGGUGAGGCACACUAGAAAUUAGGUUAACAUAAGGUAUUUGCUCAGUGUAGGGGAUUCUAAAGAAUGGGUAACUAGUAAAUUGUUUUGAUUUUUUAAAUACCUUAGUAAAGAUAGUCGGUUCUCAUAUAUAAGCUAUACCAAGAUUUUUGUUAAUGUAUAUAAAAUGUAUAUAAAGUGUAUAUUUCUCAAUUUUUAACAAAGUCAUUUCCAUUCAUCUCCAUUCUUUACAGGGUCUGUAGAAUUUUUGAAUAAUUGAUUUUAAGUUUUUGUAACUCAGGCCUUAAAUUUUUUCCGUGGCUAGCUUUAUACAAUUACAUUGUAUCAAUUUCCCAACUUUAUUUUUCUUUUAGUUUCUAAAAU